AUGCUUUUGGAACCGGAGACUUUCAAUGGCGACGUAUCUACCUACAGGAGAGCCGAUGUCGUCAGGGACCGGCUGAGUGCACCGACACCCGCGCUAUCUCCUCGAAUGCUCAACAUGAGUGAGCUGUUGACGCAAAUAUUGUGCGAUAGGCCAACAAUUGGCCAAUCAAAUUCGGGAACGACUGGAACAGAGGACGUACCUAGGUCCCGGCAAUCGUGUAUCGAAACCAGCACAGCCGAUCUACAACGGCCAUCAACGGACACGCACGUUUUCAAGCCGAAAGUAGAACUGCCCGAAUCGUCGUUGAUUCGCGGACGUCCGCUGGAACAGCGGCUUCUAAAGUCGUCGUCCUGUGUGGAAACGGAGACUUUCGAUGGCGACGUAUCUCAAGACGGGACAGCCGAUGCCAUCGGGGACGGGCUGAGUGCACCGACAUCCGUGGUCGAGGUGAUGUCAGCAGAUGUUCCUCAACUUGUUUGCCGCAGGUCACUGAUAUCGAGAGUUGGAAGACGACUGUUAAAAGUCAGCAGGAGAUUGUGUUGCUGGUGUGGGUAA